AUGUCCGAUUUUGUACCUAAUGAUAGUGAAUUUAAGAAUUCUUGGGAUAUAGCAGCGCCAAUCUUUGAUCACUUCUUUAUAAUCGGACCAAACGAUUUAGAUAGCAUUGAUAAUCCAACAAAUCUUUAUCAUUAUCCUGAUGUCGAAGCAGAUAUCAAUUUCGGCAAUCUUAUUUUCCCUGAAGGAUGUUCAGCAGGAACUAGAAAUUUUGCUUCAAACAGAGCAGUCAAAAGCGAAAUCGGAAAACCAAAUCAAAUUUUAGAUACCUUUAUUUACUAUAAAAUGGAGGGUACAGCCCCAUUUUUCGUAUAUGCUUGCAUUAUCAAAUGCUGCCCAUUUACUUAUCCAGCAGUUUCUAAAAAUUCGGAGUAUUUAAUCAAACAAAUGCAACAAUAUCGCGACAAUCAUACAGAUGUUCCUGAGUUCAAGUGUGCAUUUCUUUUCUGCACAUCUCAUCCGUUCCAUGAUUUGUUUUUCGGCUUGAUUGAUACUUUAAUUAACAUUGAAUAUCAAACACGAAACACAGUUAUCAAUUUAAAGAUGUUGAAUGAGAAUGCUCCAGUACCAACAAACGUUACUCCCGACAACUACUGGCCUUUAUCCACUGUUUCUGUAAGAGAAGCUUUCUUAACAGCAUUGUACAACACGAUUUUACCAGUUUUCGAUGAAACAAUCGCCAUUAGAUUUAAUUACUCCAACGUACCUCCUUUCGCAUGGAAAAUGCCAAAGCGCGAAGAAAUUGCUUAUUCUCCAUCAGCUGUAGGCUAUGAUUUAAUUAUGUCAUGGAUCAGCGUUGACCAGUACAUCAGAUUAUUAGAAUCAAUCAUGCUUGGAAGCUACGUUUUAGUUAUUGGCGACAAUUUUGCCAAUAUUACAAAAACAGUUUCAUUUUUACCAACAAUAAUUAUGCCAUUCAUAUGGACAUCUGUCAUUGUCUCAUUUGUUCCUGAAUCUAUGCUUGAAUAUUUAGAUUCUCCGGUUCCAUAUAUUUAUGGAGCAUUUACAAAGAAUAUUAAGGGCAGAAACAUCAAUGAGAACACAGUUGUUGUCUAUAUCGAUGAAAAGAGGUUAGAUUUUCCGCCAACAGAAAUAAAAAUUCCAGGAUAUUUGGAUUUGAAGUCUAAGUUGGAACAACCAAUAAACCAUCUCAAAACUAAGAUGAACUUCGAAACAAUGAUGAAGAUUUUGAAGAUUACUUCCGGCCAUAUUUAUGAUAAUAUCACGAAAAAGAUGGAACAGACUUUGGAAUGCAGAUUGGAUGCUCCUAACCCAGGAACUCACUUCCAUGAUAAGAAAUUCUUGGAUCUUUACACUGGAGAAGAAAGAGAAUUCAUUAAAGAAUUAAUGGGCUCUCAAAACUUUGAUUGCAUUGUUUCUAAGCUAUGCUUAAUCAAUACUGGCCUGAAUUUAGGUAAAGGAAGUACUCUCAGUGGAUUGGGAGAAUGGGGAGCUUCAAUUGAAAACAAAUCUUCUCCAGGAAAGAAGAAUCCAGCUCUUUUGCUUAAUAUUUUCGAUCCAUAUGCGUGA